GGCUUUCUCUUCCCGCUGUAUGGCCAGUCUGGCCGCCAUGUUGGAGCCUUCGCUGUUCGGGGCCCGGCCUGCUCCGGGCCCUCCCAGCGUCGCCGCUAGCUGACUUAGGGUUCCCGCCCACACUGCGCACGGCCUUGCUGAGGGCCGGCUCGUAGUGGGAGGCUUCGCGUUCACCUGAACAUUUCCGCCUCCUCUGGAUGGGGGAUGAGAGGCGGGGCUGAUGCAUCGCAGCAGUCCUGGACCCUCACUUCGGACUUGGAGAAGAAACUCCGAGGAGGAACGGGAGUUAGGGGGUUAGCACCUUGGCGCGCUGGGAGCCGGCCACCCCUGGCCUCCGGACUUCACUUCCCAGGAGGCCUCGCGCGCGACUGGAAGUGCUGCGAGCCUAUAAGAAGGCGAGGCGGCGCCCGCCGCUCUGCUCUGGGGCGGCAUUGCCAGCCGGCUGUAGGCAUUCAGGGCAGUGUCUUCUGCAUCUCCUAGGAACCUCGGGAGCGGCAGCUCCGGCGCCUGGUAGCGAGAGGCGGGUUCCGGAGAUCCCGGCCUCACUUCGUCCCACUGUGGUUAGGGGUGAGUCCUGCAAAUGUUAAGUGAUUUGCUCAAGGUGCCCAUUUCGCAGGAAUUGGAGCCCAGGCCAGUUCUCUGAGCCUAUCAUUAGGGCUAAAGGAGUGCGUGAUCAGAAUGGUGUCUGGACGGUUCUACUUGUCCUGCCUGCUGCUGGGGUCCCUGGGCUCUAUGUGCAUCCUCUUCACUAUCUACUGGAUGCAGUACUGGCGUGGUGGCUUUGCCUGGAAUGGCAGCAUCUACAUGUUCAACUGGCACCCAGUGCUUAUGGUUGCUGGCAUGGUGGUAUUCUAUGGAGGUGCGUCGCUGGUGUACCGCCUGCCCCAGUCGUGGGUGGGGCCCAAACUGCCCUGGAAACUCCUCCAUGCAGCGCUGCACCUGAUGGCCUUCGUCCUCACUGUUGUGGGGCUGGUUGCUGUCUUUACGUUUCACAACCAUGGAAGGACUGCCAACCUCUACUCCCUGCACAGCUGGCUGGGCAUCACCACUGUCUUCCUCUUCGCCUGCCAGUGGUUCCUGGGCUUUGCUGUCUUCCUCCUGCCCUGGGCGUCCAUGUGGCUGCGCAGCCUCCUAAAACCUAUCCACGUCUUUUUUGGAGCCGCCAUCCUCUCUCUGUCCAUCGCAUCCGUCAUUUCGGGCAUUAAUGAGAAGCUUUUCUUCAGUUUGAAAAACACCACCAGGCCAUACCACAGCCUGCCCAGUGAGGCGGUCUUUGCCAACAGCACCGGGAUGCUGGUGGUGGCCUUUGGGCUGCUGGUGCUCUACAUCCUUCUGGCUUCAUCUUGGAAGCGCCCAGAGCCGGGGAUCCUGACCGACAGACAGCCCCUGCUGCAUGAUGGGGAGUGAAGCAGCAGGAAGGGGCUCCCAAGAGCUCCUGGUGGUGCAGCCUGUGCUCCCCUCAGAAGCUCUGCUCUUCCCAGGGCUCCUGGCUGGUUUCAGCAGGCGACUUUCUUCGAAUGCUGGGCCCAGACUUCUUGCCUGGGUGCUGGCCUGCCCUCUCCGGCCACUUGCUGCCUGUCUGCUUUCCUUGGUGGCUUUGCCUGGGUGCUGGGCCUGCCCUCUCCGGCCGCUUGCUGCCUGUCUGCUUUCCUUGGUGGCUUUGCCUGGGUGCUGGGCCUGCCCUCUCCGGCCGCUUGCUGCCUGUCUGCUUUCCUUGGUGGCUUUGCCUGGGUGCUGGGCCUGCCCUCUCCGGCCGCUUGCUGCCUGUCUGCUUUCCUUGGUGGCUUUGGCUUCUGCACUCCUUGGCGUCAGCCUCUCAGGUCCUCCAUUCACACGAGGUCCUCCUCGCUCUGGCCGCUCUUGCUGCUCCUGUCUGAAGAAAUCAGACUGAUUUCCUCUUAAGACUCCUAGGGAUGUGGUGAAGAGCUGGGACUCAAGUGCAGUCCACGGUGUGAAACAUGAGGGAGGUGAGGUGUCCGUCCACUUCCCCCAUAAAGGUGUGCAUUUCAGUUAGGCUGCCCCGCCACAGAGCAGGCUUCAUCUGCUCUGCCAUCCAGCCCCAUCUGGAUGUGAGGUGGGGUGGAGACAUCAUGGGGUGAUUGCAGAAAGGGGGAGUGGCGGCCCACGCAGCUUCUGCUGAGGAGCUGACUGCUCUGAGCUGUUCUGUUUCGUAUUGCUGCUCUGUGUCUGCAUGUAUUGUGACCAUGCGGCUCCACCUCUUCCAGCUGCUGCUACAGCUGAGGCCUGGAUCCCGGCCUUUCCCUGUGACUUACGUGUCUGUCACCGGCAGGCAGCCCUACAAAUCCUGGUGACCUGCUCUCCCAAGAACAGAGCCUGUCCCCAGAUGUCCCAGUAGCGAUGAGUAACAGAGGUGGCUGUGGACUUCCUUUACUUCUCCUUGCUGGAUCAGGGCCUUCCUGCCUCCCACUGGGCAGGUCCGGCCUUGCUCUCUUGGCAGGGCCCCAGCCCCUCUGACCACUCUGCAGCUCACCAUGCAACUGAUGCCAAAGUUGUGGUGUCCUGUGUGCAGCAGCCCUGGGAGCCACUGCCACCUUCAGAGGGGUUCCUUGCUGAGACCCACAUUGCUUCACCUGCCCCCACCAUGGCUGCUUGCCUGGCCCAACCUAGCGUUCUGUGCCAUGCUAGAGCUUGAGCUGUUGCUCUUCUUCAGGGGAGGAAAUAGGGUGGGGAGCGGGAAGGGUCUUGCUCCUCUCCUAAGUGUUGCUGCUGUGGCUUUUUUGCCUUCUCCAAAGACGCACUGCCAGGUCCCAAGCUUCAGACUGCUGUGCUUAGUAAGCAAGUGAGAAGCCUGGGGUUUGGAGCCCACCUACUCUCUGGCAGCAUCAGCAUCCUACUCCUGGCAACAUCAGGCCAACGUCCACCCCAGCCUCACAUUGCCAGAUGUUGGCAGAAGGGCUAAUAUUGACCGUCUUGACUGGCUGGAGCCUUCAAAGCCACUGGGAUGUCCUCCAGGCACCUGGGUCCCAUGACCAGCUCCCCGUCUCCAUAGGGGUAGGCAUUUCACUGGUUUAUGAAGCUCGAGUUUCAUUAAAUAUGUUAAGAAUCAAA